GGGCUUCCACCCUCCUUGGGCCGGAAGUGGGGAAGGUGGAGCUGUUCCUUUUGUAGCAGAAACUAGGACGCCCCACGGCAGUAGGCAAGGGGAAGAGUGUUUUUGUGACACUGCUGGCUGCGCGGAGAGGGUGGGAUGAAGGCGGGUUCUGUGAAGAGGCACUCGGAAGGGACCCAUAAUGCUGUGACACCGCGAAGAGUCUAUGAGGGGACAGGUGUCGGUGUGGCACCGUUGCACGCUGAAGAAGCCGGUGGAACUGGAUGGCCAUGGGGAUGUGGGCGUCGCUGGACGCUCUGUGGGAGAUGCCGGCCGAGAAGCGUAUCUUCGGGGCGGUGUUGCUCUUUUCCUGGACGGUGUAUCUCUGGGAGACCUUCCUAGCACAGCGGCAGAGAAAGAUUUAUAAAACAACAACUCAUGUACCACCGGAGUUAGGACAGAUCAUGGAUUCUGAAACAUUUGAGAAAUCUCGACUGUAUCAACUGGAUAAAAGUACUUUCAGUUUCUGGUCUGGACUCUAUUCAGAGGUUGAAGGCACUUUUAUUCUUCUAUUUGGAGGAAUCCCUUACCUCUGGAGACUUUCUGGGCGAUUCUGUGAUUAUGUUGGCUUUGGACCAGAAUAUGAGAUCACUCAGUCCUUGGUGUUUCUGCUGUUGGCUACACUUUUCAGUGCAUUGACUGGUUUGCCAUGGAGUCUUUAUAAUACAUUUGUGAUAGAAGAAAAACAUGGCUUCAAUCAUCAGACUUUGGAGUUUUUUAUGAAAGAUGCAAUCAAAAAAUUUACUGUGACCCAGUGUAUUUUAUUGCCUGUGUCUUCACUUCUGCUUUACAUUAUUAAAAUUGGGGGUGACUAUUUUUUUAUUUAUGCCUGGCUGUUCACAUUAGUUGUCUCUCUGGUCCUUGUCACAAUCUAUGCUGAUUAUAUUGCUCCUUUAUUUGACAAAUUCACACCUCUGCCUGAAGGAAAGCUUAAACAAGAAAUUGAAGUAAUGGCAAAGAAUAUUGACUUUCCUUUGACUAAGGUGUAUGUUGUUGAAGGAUCUAAGCGCUCUUCCCACAGCAAUGCUUAUUUUUAUGGCUUCUUCAAGAACAAGCGAAUAGUUUUGUUUGACACUCUACUAGAAGAGUACUCGGUACUAAGCAAAGAUACCCAGCAGGAGUCUGGCAUGGAACCCCACAAUGAUGGAGAAGGGGACAGUGAAGAAGUAAAAGCUAAAACUAAAAAUAAGAAACAAGGAUGUAAGAAUGAGGAGGUGCUUGCGGUCCUAGGCCAUGAAUUGGGGCACUGGAAGUUGGGACACACAGUCAAAAAUAUCAUUAUUAGCCAGAUGAAUUCUUUCCUGUGUUUUUUCUUGUUUGCUGUAUUAAUUGGUCGAAAGGAACUUUUUGCUGCAUUUGGUUUUUAUGACAGCCAGCCCACUCUAAUUGGACUAUUGAUCAUCUUUCAGUUUAUUUUUUCACCUUACAAUGAGGUUCUUUCUUUUUGCCUCACAGUCCUCAGCCGCAGAUUUGAGUUUCAAGCUGAUGCAUUUGCCAAGAAACUCGGGAAGGCUAAAGACUUAUAUUCUGCUUUAAUCAAACUAAACAAAGAUAACUUGGGAUUCCCAGUUUCUGACUGGUUGUUUUCAAUGUGGCAUUAUUCUCAUCCUCCACUACUAGAGAGACUCCAAGCUUUGAAAAAUACAAAACAAGAUUGAGGUGCUCAGGGUCUAUGACUGAAGAUGUUUCUAAUUAUUUCUGUCCUGGCAGCAUGCUCCAGCUCUUGACGUUUUUAAACCUUUUCUCUUUAAAGAAGAUCAAGUACAGAAAAGUCCAGACUUAAAUAUAGUUAAUAUCUCAUUUCAAAAAUGAUUUUAAUAAUCCAUUUCUUAAAACACUGUAAAAUUUUGAGGCUUAAUGUUUUUAAAGGCAUAGUUUUAUCUUUGACAUCUGAUUUACCAUCAGUUUGUAAAAUUAUUUAAGAAAAUGCACAACUCAUCUUAUUU